AGUUCUCCCCUCGCUGUGAAGGAUAGUACACGUUCACUUCACCACUCACCACGCGGGAGAUGCAAAGGAACCGCAUCGAGAGAACCGCUUCAAAACAAUGGCGUGGCUCGGUGCGGCGCAUCAUCUCCGCAACUGUCUAUAACCUGUCCUGUUUCACACACGGGUGUAGCACCGGCUGGGUGUCCGGAGUCUUAGGAAACGAAGCGUUGACGGGCGGGGCGUGGCUGGCCGCCCUGCCGUGCCUGGUAGCACUACCGGCAGCUCCAUUCUUCGCCGUGCUGGCUGACGCGAGGGGAAGGAAGGCGGGCGCUUUUUGCAUUUGCAUCAGUUUUAUCUUGAGCUGGUCUUUAGCGGCGUGGUGUGGUCCGCGAGGAGUAUGGGCUGCCAGGGUUGCAGCCGGCGCAGGGGGUGCGGGCGCGCUUGCCCUCGCACCCCUGUACUGCGCGGAGAUAGCGCCACGCACGAGAGGGCUGGCUGCGAUGCCAGCACUGGCUUGCAGUUGCGGCAUCCUGUUUGCUUACGCGGCAGGUGGCAUGCUAUCAGCGCACGCAUUGUCCUUAUCAAUGGCCGUACCGCCUUCCGCACUCCUGGUGUCGCUGAUAUGGCUGCCAGAGACACCUUCGUUUCUGAUCAGCAUCGGAAGGGUUCAGGAUGCCGCAAAGAUAAUUUGCUGGUUCGACGGCUCCGAUUUCAGGGAAGAUCUCACCGAUGUCAUAGAACAACAAGAGGUGAGGAUCAGGACCUCAGACUGCUACGGGAGUAGACGGGAGGCGAUGCGACGUCAAGACUCUGACGCGUUCCAGCCCAUGUUGAAGCGUAGCAGCGGCUUAGAAUCUAACAGCGAUAAAAAAACCGAGCAAUCAGCUUGCAAAGAGUUAUUUAGGCAUCGCCGCUCCCGGCGAGCUCUCCUCUCGUGUGCGGUGCUCAUCUGCGCGGCAGCCGGAUCUGGUGCAGGGGCUGUCAACAGCUUCGCAGCGGCAGUACUGAGGCACUCCUCACACGCUGUGCCGCUUCUGAACAUGACAGCUUACAACUUCACGAUCAACGAUGGGUCUCUUCCAAGGCCACUAUUCGAGACCUCGGAAGCUGGUGCAAUACUUUGUGGUGCCGCAUUGGUACUUGGAGCUACGAUAGCUACGAUUACUGUUGACAAACUUGGAAGGAAAAUGCUCCUACUGUGGUCCUGCUCAGGGAUAACGUGCUGCCUGAUCGUUCUCGGGGUGUACUGCGACCCCCACCUGCGCCUGCACUCCUGGUACUCGCAGCGACUGUGGCCUUACACAGACGAAGACACCCAAUCAAAGGAAUUGAUUGAAGCUUUUAAUAUUACGAGUAACGUAAACUUCACAAAGCCCUGGGAUUAUAGGAUUAGUGUGGAAAGUGAGAAUUUGACUGACAGCUUCAUGAGGAGUACGAAGGCUGCUCGGACACAUGCAGAGGAGCAAAGGAUGUGGGCCCCCGUGGCUUUGCUAUCUACAGUAUUAUUUUUGUACAACAUUGGCCUGGGUUCCGUGCCUUUUGUACUCGUCUCGGAGCUUUUUUCGAUAAAUGUCCGUAGUCUGGCAUCAAGUCUGCUCAUUUCAUGGACGUGGCUGAGCAGCUUUCUCCUUCUGAGGUACUACGGUACUAUUGCUGUCUCUCUCGGUCUCCACGGAACCUAUUACAUAUCAGCUUCCAUCACGUUUCUGGCAUCCUUGUACAUAUUCCUGGUCUUGCCCGAAACGAAAGGGAAAUCGCAAGAGCAGAUUGAAGAAAUUCUCGACGGGCCAAUGUUGGUUUUGAGGAGCACGAAGAAGAACCAAAACCAGCGAUGACGUUUUUUAGAUAUUUUUUUGGUCUUCUAGUUGAAGUCAGGAAGGAAAAUGGCCAAAUACGUAAUUUGUAAUUUAAGCAAUCAAUCAAUUUUUUUAUUUUUCAAGAAAUAUAACUAAAUUUAUCUUUUUAGUUUGUAUGUCCAUUAAGAAACAUUUUUUGUGCGCUUACAACAGCCUAAAUAUAUUGAUUUGUUUAGAAAACAUAACUUUAUGAACCAACCCUCGUAUUUAUAAUUGAGUAUUGAUGUAUUCUAAAUACUACGUGCACGGAAUCCCAAAGUAGAUAACUAAUGUUGUUGUAAUAAGAACCUCAAUAGACAAGGGUUUCCACUGCCUCAAUAGUAUAUUCAUAAAAUGAGGUUCCUGACCUUUUCAAAGAAUUUAUAAUGAGUAUGGAUGGAAGAAGUACGGGUCAGACAAUAUGACCAUUAUACGUACCGAGUCCAUUUUGGAAGAUACGUUUUUGACAAUGUUUGUGAUAUUAUUAAAACCAAUGUCAUAUUAUAAAAGGAAUUGAAGAUACACAUCGCAGGACCAACAAACAUAUUAUUUGUGUUCUACAUGUGCAUUUAGAAUAAGCGUUAGUUUUUAUAGAUAAGUUAAAAGAAAAGCACGUGUUAGAAGAUCUACACGCUAUUAUUAGUUCUACUGAUGACUUAAGGAGUAGGGUAGGGGUCAUGCCAUAUAUCUAAGACCGGUGGUGGUUAUGUAUGGUGGUGGAUUUUUAGAUGCCACUCCACACUGUGGGUCGUGAGUUAGUCGCUCAUCUACAGCCAUAAAAAACACAUAUGUAUUUAUUUGGUAACUAAAAUGUAGUAGCAUGCCCUGCGCACACGGGUAUGUAGCUACCUAUUUCUUGAAUAAAUUUCAAAAUUUCAUUUAUGACUAGUAUUCGUGAUGUAUCACGCGUUGUAUUGGAACCCGAAAUUAGCCACAAAUUUUCUGAAACAAUGCCUUAUGUGCCCGUGCGGUUGUAGGAAAUUUGAACCUAAUGGUAACCGUAUUGAGGGCUCCGUACCAAGGCAAUGUUCAACCGAGCGGUGAUUUUGCUCUGUAAGCCGAUUGUUAUUAUGAAAUCUAUACUAAAUUGUUUUCAUUAAUCUGAGAUUAGUUGUUACCUUCACAGCUUCAAAGUGGGUCUCUUUACAUCCUAUGUGCUUGUUACUCGAAGAUACUCAUGCUCGGUGUUAACAGUAAUUUAAAAAAAUUGUAGCCAGUGGAAAAUAAAUUAUUUACGAAUAAAUACAUAGGAACAUAGAAGCAGUAGAUUUAGAUGAUAUUAAAAUAUUUGCUUUGGUAUCGUUGACCGGGGAGAAGAAAGAACAGGGUAAUACUUGUGAAUAGACAAAAAAACCUCACUUUUGAUUUCUAUUAGAAAUCUCCACGAUAAUUUCUAGAGUGAAAAAGAAGAAAGCGAAUAACAUCGCUCAACUUGGAACGGAAUAUCAACCUAGAGUAUAUUGGCAUAGGAACUAUUUACCCUUUUAACUUACUUGCGGUUGAAAUAGUCAGAAUUACGAAGAGUCAAAUUUUUCUUUAAGCUUCGAAAGUAAGAGCUACCUCAGAGAAAUCUGUCUCUAUAGAUGACUGGAGUGGUUAGUCCACUACUCAGGCUCCUCGCCAGUAGAAGACUUAGAACAUUAAAAUGAAUGGUGAAUAAAGUUGAACCAAAAUGCAACCAAAUAUAUUAGACUUGUAUAAUUAUAAUAAUAUAGUAAAUAAGUGUUGAACAUUUUGCGUAGAUAUUACAUUUAUUCAUAAUGGAUAUUUUUGAUGACACAAACACGACAAUUUGCCUGAUAGACUUAUUUUUGAUAAUAGCUAAAGUGCUAUUCGUUGAAGAUUUUUUUAAGGGAUCGUUUUAAGAUGAUCCGACAAUGUCCUUUAACAAAUAGUUUUAUGAGAUCGCUACCACUGUAUCAUAGCUCACUUCUGCUGCCUGGAAUCUUUGUGAAAUAUUAAAUCGAAGAGUCCAUAGUAGUGUUCAAUCAUGCACUGACAUUUCUUAUGUUGCAGAUUGGAAAGAUUCCCCAUCUUUGUUUCUAAAUAUAUUUUGUACUGUAUGCUUCAUGGGAAGUGUUCUGAAGAAUCAUUUGAGUAAAUCCUGUUUACCGGUUUUUUUAUAUAGUUACAGCGGCUGCCCCACCCUUCAAACCAAAACGCAUUACUGCUUUACGGUAGAAAUAGGCAGGGUGGUGGUACCUACCCGAUGAGGUCCUACUACCAGUAAUUACGCAAAUUACGCAAUUAAUUACGCAUCUCCCGUCACCGGCUCAGACCUUAUUCCUGCUGUGGACGCUGCGCAUAUCUACGGUUAAGAUACUUUUGCUACGCAUCAUUAGGCUCUGAGAAGAAUUUCCCCAGUGGUUUCCACAGUGCUAGGACAGGUCCUGUUUCAAAUUAAAUUUGAAAAUAGCCCUCGCCUUUAGAUAGAGAAUGGUUUAGAUGUGUUCCUAGCAAUUUUUUAUGUUCCUGAUAAUAAAAUGAUAAGAUGCCAGAUAUAAUCCUUUAUUAUCCGAGUGAUUGCGCAAGACAAAUAUUUUUCAUGUUCAUGUUUUACGAUACCCAAAUCGAGAAUCUCAAAAUAUAUUUUGUUAAAACGUCGCGUGAAUACACAGCUUAGAAAUCGAAUCCGUUUUUUAUGUACAGAACCAAUACUUAGAUAAUAAUGCUCGAACCAAAAAGAAUAUUCAUGUUGAAUAUAAUUUAUUUGUGGAUAUAUUGUAUGUACGUUGUAUGUUUUGUAUGGAUGAAUAAAAGCUUUAUAUGUG